AUGAAGCUUUUGAAUCAACCCUCGGAAUCCGGUGUCAGUAUCUUGCAGUACUUGGCCAAGGACAAGAAUGCAAGCCGUAGAUUGAGAGAGAGUUUAGUAGCUAUUUAUCGAGCCAAGCCAAGGAAUGGUGGAACCACAGUGAUCAUCAAUGAGUUGACGCAACAACAGGAGGAUGGUAGUGAGGAUGGAUCAUCUUAUUACGGUGACAGUAGUGAGGAUUUAUCUGAUAAUGAUGGAUCGAGAAUCGACAAUAGCAGCUACGAUUAUUCAUCUGAUGAGGAGGAUGACCUGGAUACGGUGAUUGAUUAUCCGUUUGAUCUCACGAAGCUGAUGAGUAGCCAGCCUAUGCGCACUAUGGUAUCUAUUAGUAACACCUUGAUGAUUGCCACUGUUGAUACGGGAGCAGCGAUAUCUGUGAUGAGUAGGCGACUCGCUGACACAAUGGGUUUGCAGUUGGAAAAGGUGAACAAGCGAUUUGCUCUGACUGGGUUCAAUGAUGCUCUGAGUGAGACAUCGUUGGUAGCAAAGAAUGUCCCAUUGCGUAUUGGUGACAAGCUUAGGAAGGAGCAUUUUUGUGUUGACAACUCCAUUCGGGACAAGGACGUUUGCCUUCUGGGCAGGACAUGGUUUACUAAUCACUGUAUUAAAAUUGAUUCAAAGGAAAAUUUGAUCAUAAUACCAACAGGUAAUGGUACAUGUUUUAUUGAAGUGGCAUGUAUGAAGGAUGCUGAUGAACUACUACAAGAGGGUCCUGACAAUGAUAACGUAUCUACGGUGCCGGUGUACACAGUAUCUCUCAGGAUGGACCAAAAUCAAGGUGGCUUCUCUGGUGAUGGUGUUGACUUUACUGGCGAUGGUGAUCCAUGGAAUCAAGGCCUGAUGAACUCAUACCAUGAGGACAUCGUGUCUCUGCAGGAUAGUGAAGGGGAAUCCAGCAAGAAGAAUCACGCUACAUUGGAGGAGGUGCUUGUGGACGUUCUAGGUGUGGUGCAGGAUGUGGUGAAGAGCAACUUGAAUACUUUCUAUGAAUAUGCUGGGCUGGGACGAGUGAACAAUGUGUACCACGAAAUUAUCACUACGUCGGAUGAGCCAAUCCAAUCCAAGCCGUAUCGCUUAACCGUUGAUGAGGAGGAAUGCUUGAAGGAAGAGUUGAAAACAUUGUUGGAGCUUGAUAUCAUUCGUCCAAGCUCGGGUAAGUAUACUUCGCCGGUGUUCUUUGUGCCCAAGAAGGAUGGAAAACUGCGUCUGGUGGUAAAUUUUCAAAAGUUGAAAGCUGUAACUGUCAAGGAUGGCUAUCCUCUACCCCACAUCGAUGAUAUCCUAGAUUCUAUAGGUGGAUAUCAAUGUUACACAGUCCUAGAUGCUGCUUUCGGAUUAUGGCAAAUACCUAUACAUGAAAAUUCAAUUGAACGCAGUGGAUUUGUUACGAAAAUGGGUGUUUUUUCUUUCAACGUCAUGGCCAUGGGCUUACAAGGAAGUCCAAGCACUUAUCAGCGCUGUAUGAAUAAUAUUCUGCAGGAGUAUUUGGGUGUAUUCGUCUAUGCUUUCGUCGAUGACUAUGUGGUGUAUAGUCGGAGCCCUUCUGAACAUGCGGUGCACUUGCAAAAGAUAUUUGAUGCGUGUAACAAGGCUAAUUUGAAGUUGAAGCUCGCCAAGUGUCAAUUCAGUUGUGAUAACGUGGUGUAUCUGGGUCAUGAGGUAGGCAGCGAGGGGUUACAACCAACGGACAGCAAUAUCAAGAAGAUGAUGGAGAUGCGGGAACCAAGAGACAAAGACGAAGUGAGAUCAUUCUUGGGCAAUGUUGGAUAUUACAGGCGAUUCAUUGACAAUUUUGCUGGUAAGGCAGAGCCAAUCACCAAAUUAUUGAAGAAGGCAAGCAAGUUUGAAUGGGGCGAGGCGCAACGGAAGAUAUAA